UUACAAGAAGGAAUGGAACCUGGAAAGGAGAACGGUAGCGGCGGUGACCCACGAGGCUACGCCUACACGCAGAGCAGCAGCUACGCCCUGAGCGGAAAGAUAAUGUUGAGCGCAAUAAUUAUACUAUUCACCGUCGUAAUCCUGAUCGUCUGUCUCCACAUCUACGCUCGUUGGUUCCUCCUCCGGUCCAGUAGGCGCAACCACACACGACGGAACCGUCGUCGCCGAGUCCGCCAUACCCGCAUCGUCUUCUCCAUCGACCCUGCCAAUAGUGUCUUUGUCGCCUCCCGCGGCCUCGAUGAAUCCGUCCUUAAAUCUCUUCCCACUUUUGUGUAUUCCUCCGCCACUCACGGUGGUGAAGUGCUAGAAUGCGCCGUGUGUUUAUCUGAAUUUGAAGAUGACGAGAAAGGUCGUCUCCUUCCUAAAUGCAAUCACAGCUUCCACAUAGACUGUAUCGACAUGUGGUUCCACUCUCACUCUACCUGUCCACUCUGUAGAACUCUCGUUACUUCGGAGAUUCCUCCGGCGAACCCCAAUGGAACUCCGGUUGAAGUUGCUGUUACGGUGGCAGAGCCGGAACCAGGGCCGAGUUCUGGUCUCUGCCCAUCUUGUCACCACGAUGAAUUCGAAACAGGUUGCUCCUCGCCUUCGUCCACUUCCUCCUCUCCACCUUCUUCCUCGGCAGCUUCUUCGUCUUUGGGGACUCGGGAGAAGACAUCGGAGGCGGUGACUAUUUCGAUUGAGGUUCCACGAAGGAACGAUACUUUGAGAGGCUUAGAGGAGCAGCAGCUGUGCUUGGGUUCGCCGGGUGUUCAGGGAUUGAAAUCUCCAUUGAAGUCCCCGGAAGGCCGAAUUCAAUCGUUGAAGAGAAUAUUUAGCAGAGAAUGGAAAGGUAUUGUCUCUCCUUCUUCGGCGACAGGACUGAGUUGCAGUACUACUGCAGAGAUCGAUCUCGACAAUGGAGAUGAACAUCGAAUUCAAGCUUAACCCAAGAGGUGACUUCUGAUGAACAUCGAGAAGCGACACCUAACCAGAGGAAGCAUCGAAGCCGAUGACCCAAUUCGACAUUGGAGUUUCAGAACGAAUCUCUGGCCGACUG